GCUCAACUUUUCGGCAUGCUGCGCAGACUGCACUUUCCGGCUUCCUCUCUCUCUCUAUACAUGCAAAGCCUGUAUCUAUAUAUCAUGCACAGGAACGCACACACACUGAGGGUGCGACUGCGUGCUAACUUUCCGCACUUCUACACUCAUUGCUAUUCCCUCCAGUGUUUCUCCCUCCCUGCCUUUCCCUGAAUUGUACCUUGAGCUGGAAUUCGAGCGAUUUCGGGAGAAAUGCUGGUGGUGAAGACGGUGAUAGAGUUCUUGUUGCCGUCUUGGUGGGAGGUGCAAGUUACGGUGGCUGCCACGGCGUUUGUGAUGGUGGCUUGCUGGUUCUUCUCUCUCGGUGUCGACUGUGCUGGCGACCGGGGGUUCCUGGAUCAUUCGGCUGCCGAUGUGGAAGUGAAUGAUGCCCAAGAAAAGAAGGGCCUGUUUAAUGGAAAUCCUCAAACAAAUUCUGCAUAUUUAAUGAAGUCUUGUCAGGUGGAGCUCUUAGCAGCGAAGAAUCUUCUUGGGGCAAGUUUGAAUGGAACAUCAGAUCCUUAUGCAAUUAUCACUUGUGGUGCAGAAAAGCGCUUAAGUUCUAUGGUACGUGGCUCGAGAAAUCCCAUUUGGAGGGAGGAGUUCAAUUUUCCUGUUGACGAGCUUCCUAUUGAGAUUAUUGUGACAAUAUGUGGAUGGGAUAUAAUUCGGAGAAGUGUGGUUCUUGGUUCGGCGACUAUUCCUGUUGAACAUGAAGGUCAAACUGGUGCAAUAUGGUAUUCGUUGGACAGUGUAUCAGGCCAGGUCUGUCUUCGUAUUCAAACUCUGAAGCUCCAACUGGAUUCUUCCAGGAAGUUUGAUGAGAAAAAGUCACUGGCAAAAACAACAAAGAAAAAUGGGAGAGAAAGAGAACAAGCCAUUGGAGAGACAAAGAGAGUAGGAGUAAUGGUACAGAUGGCAACUUCUAAGGGGUUACAGCUUGACAAGCUAAACGUUUCAAGGGAUUUGAGUGGCUGUGCUGGCGAUAACACUCAAAGAAGAGCUUUCCAGAAACAAGGACCUCAAGUUCUGCAUCAGAAACAUGGUCCACUGCCGAUAGUAUUCAAUCUUGUCCCAGAUGAGGUCAUUGAACAUAGCUAUUCAUGUGCACUUGAGAGGUCAUUUUUGUAUCACGGCCGAAUGUAUCUAUCAGCAUGGCACAUCUGCUUCCACUCUAACAUUUUCUCGAAGCAAAUGAAGGUAAUUAUACCUUUAGGAGAUAUAGACGAGAUAAGAAGGAGCCAACAUGCAUUGAUCAAUCCUGCUAUUACGAUAAUUCUUCGAGUGCGUUCUGGGGGGCAUGGUGUGCCUCCCUUGGAAAGUGCUGAUGGUAGAGUCAGAUACAAAUUUGCAUCUUUCUGGAAUAGGAAUCAAUCAUUAAGAGCUUUACAACAAGCAGUGAAGAACUACCAUACUAUGUUGGAAGCUGAGAAGAAGGGGAAGGAACAAUCAGAGUUGCUUGAUUUCAUAAAGGAGGAGGAGCAACUAGAAUUACCUGAUUUUGUGAAGGAGACGGAGCAGCCAGCACUGCUCGAUUAUCUAAAGGUGGACCAGUCAGUUCGGCAUGCACAUAGUUGCUCUUCUAGAGGCGGCGAAAGCCAAUCUAAGAUUUCUGAGGAAAGUGCGUCCAAGCCUGAAAACUUUCCACCAUUCAUCAAAGAGGAAGUGCUUACUAGAAUAUACAAUGAUGUUUUUGCAUGCACGGCAGAGCAAUUUUUCAAGUUUCUUUUAGAUGAUGGCUCAACUUUCACAAGUGAGUACCAUACCACCCGAAAGGAUUUCAAUCUCAUAGUGGGUCAGUGGCGUGCCUCUGAUGAAUACAAUGGUCAAGUCAGAGAAGUUUCAUAUAGAAGCUUGUGUAACUUUCCAAUGUGUCCUCCAGAUAUACCAGUAACAGAGUGGCAACAUGCUGUUCUAUCAGCAGAUAAGAAAACACUGGUGUUUGAAACCAUACAACAGACACAGGGUGUCCCAUUUGCAUCAUAUUUUGAGGGUCAUUGUAGAUGGUUAGUAGAGACCAACUUUGAGUCAUCAUGCACUGUGGAUAUUAGAUUUGGUUUACAUUUCAAGAAAUGGUGUAUAUUGCAAUCUAGGAUCAAAACAGGUGCUAUUGAUGAUAAUAAGAAAGUGUACAAGAUAAGGUUAGACGCAGCUCGCUCAUACAUCAACUCAAGGACCUCCGCUAGUGAGAUUGAAAAUGUUGCUAUUUCUCCUGUUAGCAUCCGAGAAAGUAAAUAAAUCUGGUGAUACAACAGUGAUCUUCUGUAUGCAUGUCUUUGAGUUACUUGUUGCUUUGCUUGUGUUCAUAAUAACUGGGUUUGUCAACUAUCUAUUGUCAAUAUCAAUUUACACAAUGCCCAUUCACUGCGUAUUUGCGCCCUAUCUCUUUUCUAGAGAACGAGUGGUGCGUUCCAGUGAUUUAUGUGUAACAUGUUUAAUCUUUAUCAUACUAUCAUUUUUUUUUUUAACUAAAAGCUAUUAUACCAUAUUUCAUCUGAUAUAUUUGUUUUUUUCCUCUCU